GGGAGGGAGGAGGAGGAGGAGGAAGAGGAGGAGUUGUUGAAGGUUGCAUCCCAAACUCCAGCCUGACUCUUCCAUUCGGGGGAGAGCGGGCGAGAACCACGAAGCCGGCCUCGUCCGUCCGCUGGGUACCGCUGGCAGCAUCCUCCAGCCUGUCUUUCCUUGCUGUCUGGUCCUCUUCCAUUCCCCCCCCCCUGCUCCGCCGGGCGCCCAGCGAUGGAUGCCACCCGCCCCAGACGCUUCCGUGCCCCUUCUCUGCCUCUGCUCCCCUCCGGAGCUUCCUCGCCGAAUGGGAGGCUGGCGUCCUUUUGAACCAGAUGGCGUUUAGAUUCGGAGGGGGAAGCGGAACACGAUGAUCUGCCUGCUGCUGCCUCUGUGCUUUCUAUUCAGCAAACUCCUGGACUAUGCCGCCUUGGGCUACCUCACGGUCAGUAUUGAUCCUCUUCCGCCCGUGGUGGUGGGUGACGCCGUGACCCUGAAAUGUAACUUCAAGACCGACGGCAGAAUGAGAGAAAUCGUCUGGUAUCGGGUAACAGACGGUGGCACCAUCAAACAGAAAAUCUUCACUUUUGAUGCCAUGUUCUCCACCAACCAGUCACACAUGGAGAACUACCGCAAGAGAGAAGACCUGGUCUACCAGUCCACAGUGAGACUCCCUGAAGUCCGAAUUUCGGACAACGGACCCUAUGAAUGUCACGUGGGAAUUUACGACAGGGCGACCCGUGAGAAGGUGGUCCUGGCCUCAGGCAACAUUUUUCUCAACGUGAUGUCACCUCCCACAUCCAUCUCCGUCAUAGCUGCGGACACUCCAGCUCCCUUCAGCCGCUACCAGGCCCAGAAUUUUACCUUGGUUUGCCUUGUCGCUGGUGGGAAACCUGCCCCCACGGUUUACUUUAAGAGGGACGGAGAAUUGAUACAGGGUAUCCCUUUGACGGAGCCCCCGAUCAACGCCGCCGGGUUGCAGGACAGCCGAGCUGCCCGGAACCUCUUCCAUCGGGAUAUGGACGACACCAAGAUGCAGCAGUCUCUCUCCCUGUUGAAUGCGGAGGACCGGGGCGGGAGGCUUUACACCGAGAAUCCCUUCCACGGGCUCACAGCCGACCAGGGACUGUUGCUUAGCCCCACCACCGAAAACAUCCCCGAGACUGUGGUGAGCCGGGAGUUCCCGCGGUGGAUCCAGAACGCCGACCCUACGUAUUUCUUCCACCACACCCACAUCCCCAUCAGUGACGGCACCGUGGAGGUGCGGGCCAUGCUUAUGUGGACCCUUAAUCCUCAGAUAGACAAUGACGCGCUCUUUAGUUGUGAGGUCAAGCACGAUGCCCUCUCUAUGCCCAUGCAGUCCGAGGUGACUCUAGUGGCUCCAAAGGGCCCCAAAAUUAUGAUGACCCCCACAAGAGCCCGCGUUGGAGACACGGUCCGUAUCCUGGUCCAAGGAUUUCAGAACGAAGUCUUCCCCGAGCCCAUGUUCACCUGGACCCGUGUCGGGAGCCGGCUCCUGGACGGCAGCACCGAACAUGACGGGAAAGAGCUGGUGUUGGAACGCGUGCCGGCCGAACUGAACGGCUCGAUGUAUCGCUGCACGGCGCAGAACCCUUUGGGCUCCACCGACACCCACACCCGGCUGAUCGUGUUCGAAAACCCCAAUAUUCCAAGAGGAACAGAAGACUCCAAUGGUUCGCCGAGUCUCCAGUGCAGCUUCAGACUAUUUCUGCCUCUCUUCUUUACAGUCGCUUUGGAACUGACGUGAACGGAGGAAGGGGUGCAUUUUAGCCACCCGGCUUCUCCUCCCCUCAAAACAGCUCCGCCAAGCCUCCACCUCUCAGUUGAUGGCCUUUUUUUUCUUCUUCUUCUAUUCUUUUCCUUUCUACCUUCUUUUCCUUUCCUUUUCUAAAUUAUUUACAGUCUUGUUAUCAGCCUCUUUCUUCUCCGUGUCUCCUCCAGCUUUGUCAUUCCGUUUAAUUAAAAACAAACAAUACAGAAAAACC